UGUUCUUGUCUGCGGUUAAGAAGAAGCAGCGUCGUUUUGCACGAAACUUAGUUUUUGCUCGAAAUUCAUAGAAAUUAUGGCUGGACGUGAAGCCGUCAAACGUGCCGUGCAACAAGUGCGUCCCAUCCUCUCCGUGGAUCGCGAUGAGGCGCGCAAGCGUGCCCUCAAUCUCUACAAGGCCUGGUAUCGUCAGAUUCCCUAUAUUGUUAUGGACUACGACAUACCCAUGAGUGUGGAGCAGUGCCGCGAUAAAUUACGCGAGGAGUUUGUCAAGAAUCGCUCUGUGACCGAUAUCCGCGUCAUCGACAUGCUAGUCAUUAAAGGCCAAAUGGAGUUGAAGGAAUCGGUUGAGAUCUGGAAGCAAAAGGGUCACAUUAUGCGCUAUUGGAAGGAGUCACAGGAACCCAAACCCACAGAUUUUCUCUCCAAGUUCAUUCAGGGCGUUAAUUAGCUUUAAACAAAAACUAAAUGCAAUUGCUUUACAAAUUUAAAUAGUUUAAAUUUAAAUACAAAUUUGUUUGGCAUAAAAUAACCAAUGAAUCUUGUGGAAUUGAAAUAGAAUAUUUUUUAAAAAAUGCUCUUACCGAUAGCAGCUACAA